AUGGGUUGCCAAACCUAUGGUAAUUACCUAUCAUAUUUUUGGGCUAACAACAACAUCACUAGGAAAGCCCUUGGGAUCAAGAAGGGGAGCAAGGACGAAUGGGUGAGGUGCCACGAACGAGAUUUACCUUAUUCUUUAGAGAUCAAGAGCACAAUAAAGUACCAUCAUAACAUGACCUUAAAAGGUUAUCGUGCACUUGUAUAUAGUGGAGACCAUGAUGCUAUUAUACCAUUUCUCGGUACACAGUCUUGGGUGCGAUCACUCAAUUUCCCCAUUGUGGAUGAGUGGAGGGCUUGGCAUCUAGAUGGACAGUCCGCUGGAUUCACCAUAACAUACACAAACAACUUGACAUUUGCUACGGUAAAGAACGGUGGACACACUGCACCAGAGUUCGAACCAGAGAGAUGCCUCGCUAUGUUCGCGCGUUGGGUUUCCCAUGAGUCGCUCUGA